CGGAGGAGCGGCCGAGCAACGCGAACCCGUGUUCGUGAGCUCUGGUGCUGAGGUCCUGGCGCUGCCGCUGGCGCCGGUGGUGUAGUGCGGCGCCGGCGCGGGAUGCGCCGCCAUGCCGGUGCGACACCGCGAACUCUGCGACGAGCUCGCGCCCCCGGAGCCGAAACGCUGCAGGCACUGCGACGAGAGCCGUUCGUCGUGCGGCGGAGGCGGGUCGGAGGGGUCGGAGGGGCGGCGAUCGUGGCGAGUAACGCUGGACCACGACCUUGUGGAGACGCUGAGCGCCAUCUACCCCGAGUGGUUCAAGCCGCAGCACCGGCGCGAGGCGAGCCGCGCCGCCUCGCCUCACUCAUCCGCCUCGCCUCGGUCACCUGUCUCGCCGCAUUCCCCGGCCUCGCCGUGCACGCCCCACACUCCACCCUCAGACGACACUUUCAGUUCAGGCGCCGAGGAGAUGGCAGGUCGGCAGGCAAGCAACAGCGGCGCAAGCGAGCCGCCGAGCUCGCCACGCGUCUCCCCGCCUAAAGUCGUCGUCGACGACAGCCCGCUGCAGCCCGCUAUGGGCAAGCAUAAGGAAUCGUUGAAGGUGAAGUUGAUGAUGCGGCGACCCAUCAACCAGCUGGUGGCUCAGGGUAUAAUGCCGCCGUUGAAAACACCGCCUGCGUAUUUUGAACAAUGCAAACAACUGGAGAGAGCGAAAACUGGCGACUUGCUGAAGGCAAAAAUACAACGGCGACCUGAUCGCCAAGAAUUAGAACGAAGACAUAUUUUGGAACAAGAAAGCCAUGUAGAUCCGAGUCUAGCAGAGAAGCAACGCAUGCUCAAGAAGGCUCGGUUAGCGGACCAGUUGAAUGAUCAGCUGUCUCACAGGCCCGGCCCGCUAGAGUUAAUAAAGAAGAACAUACUGCAUACAGAAGAGACCAUCGAAACUGCAGUCAAGAGUGGCAUUUUAGCGUUUAAGGCUACGAGUGAAGGAGCCUCUGGGAGACCGCAACAUCCGUCUUCAUAUUGCGGACCACCUGAUGAGUUGAUAUUCCAGGUGUCUCCCUCCCCGUCACCUCCGUCAACUUUGUCCCCGGCCAGUGUCGCGUCCCCCCCGCAGCACCCCGCACCCGGUAAAGACAAGAACCGUAAGAAAAACAAGCAGAAACAACAGCCCAAGGCGCGGUUCAAGUUUCAUGAGUACAAAGGUCCUCCAAACGCCCAAAAAGCGUCGUCACCCCCCGACAGCUCAGAGACGCCAUACGAGCUGCUGCUACAACAGCAACAGCUACUACUACAGUUGAUGUUGCCCGCGUCACCGGCGACGUCUGUGGCCAGCGCGGCGUCUGACGCGUCCGAUCACCCGCCUCCGCCGCCGCCACCACCACCACAGCCACCUUCUCGGUUCGAGGACAUGAAGGUAUCUGAUCUUCGUGCGGAAUGUAAACGUCGGAAUCUGCGAGUGUCAGGCCCGAAACCGCAGCUCAUCGACCGACUGCGAUCGUUCCUCACAGAGAAGUUUGAAGAACCGCCGCGAUCACCUGCUUCCGUUACUUCAUCAGUCGUCUCGUCAGUGCCCUCGGUAACGUCCAUCGCUUCGCCUGACCCCAGGGUAGAAGAGGCGGAAGACAUAGUACAAUCCCAACGACGGCAGAUUGAGGAAUUAGAGCGGAAACUAGAAGCGAGUCGGCAACAGCUGGAGUCAAUGCGGCGUGAAUCGGCUGGUGCAGCAGCCAGCGACCAGAGCCGGCGGCUUCUGCAGGCCCACAUCUGCGUAUCGCAGCUGCGCGCGCAGCUCGACGCGCUGACGCAGCCCGCGCCCGCGCCUGCCCCUCCACCGCGCUACGUCCUUGCUGCCUCCGAUGCCACCCCUGAACGCCUCGUGCGCCUCUUCACCGUCACUCCACCUACCAAUACCGACACUCCCGCCGACCAAGCACCGACGAAGACUAACCCGGCAUACAUCCUCAACGGCGUCAAGGUGGUUCCUAUUGCUAUUCUUCCGACGCACUAUGAGCCCGAGCGAGCGGCUCCUCCACCGCCGCCGCCGCCGCCGCCGCCGCCACCGCCUCCGCCGCCCUCGAUUCCCGUCGCUACAUUACACGAUCAGACUGAGGACAGUCAAAUAAUGGACGACGUCCUCGAGAUUCUCGUUGAGAACGGCGAGCUGCCCCCGUCAGCCGUGGUGGAAGCACCCAAUCCGUCCCUCGAAAGUUACCUCCCUAACGCUAAUGCCUUCUCACCGGCCGACGUGCUGACUGACGCACAUGUUCGCGAUGCUCUCGUGCCCGACGAUCUGCAGAGAGAGCUCGAUGACAUCCAGAAUGAGAUCAUGUGUCACGCCGUCAAUGACAGUGACACUGUUACGGACGACAUUGGCGGCGACCUCAAUGUUGAUCUGCUCAUGAAUGAUGAAAUCCGCGAUUUCGAAGGAUCCGAUCCCGCCUCAGUCCACGACGAUUUUUUCCGUAGUUUACUCUCGGGCAAUCAUGACGACCGGUCGCAGACGGCGAUGGAUAUCACCGAGGAUCCGCCCGAGCGUAUGAGCAUGACACCACUGACCAACGGUGAAAUUCUGGAUCACCAUCGCCCCGGUUUCGACGACAUGGACGAUCUAUCGUUGCCGUCGUUCCAGAACGAGGAUUCCCGACAAGACACGUUUGGGACGUUCGAGGAGCGGCCCCGCGAGUUUGACUUCAGGGAUCUAGUGUCGGACUUUGGUUUGAACAUGAACGUAGAUAGCGAUGGGUACGACUACAUGGACACGGAGAUAAUUCCAAACCACUUCGGGCGCGGGCAUGUGCCACAAUGCGACCCGCUGCUGGGCGGCGUGCUGUCGCGGCCGGCGCCGAGACCCGCACGCAAGCACUACUCCUGGGACAAGAUUGAAUUCGACGCCACUUGACCCUUGCCUGCUUGCUCUCAACACCGCGGUCUCGCUCUCUGACGACGCAGGCACUUUGAUUUCCAAUUGCUAACGAGUGCAGCUCCAUCUC